AUGCUUGGACUGCGACGCUCCAUCGCCACGGCGUCCUCCCAGGGCGCGUCGGUGCUCAAGAGGGCGGGCAAGGUUGUCUGCAUCGGACGCAACUAUGCCGACCACGUGGCCGAGCUGCAGAACGCCAAGCCCAAGCAGCCCUUCUUCUUCCUCAAGCCUCCGUCGUCCAUCCUCCUCCCCGGCGAGGGUCCCUGCCUGCGCCCCAAGGGUGUCGUGAUGCACUACGAGGUCGAGCUGGCACUCGUCAUGGGCAAGACGGUGAGGGACCUGCGGGCAGACGACAAGGAGGGCGCGCUGGAUGCCAUCUCGGCCUACGCCGUGGCCAUCGACAUGACGGCACGCAACACGCAAGACGAGGCCAAGAGGAAGGGCCUCCCGUGGGACAUCGCCAAGGGUUUCGACACCUUUCUGCCCAUGAGCAACGUGAUCCCCAAGGGCGCCAUCGCCGACCCGCACGAUGCCGAGCUCUUCCUCGAGAUCAACGGGCAGGCCAGGCAGCGGGGGUCGACGGGCCUCAUGAUCUACCGCAUCCCGCGCAUCGUGAGCGACAUCUCCAAGGUCAUGACCCUGCACCCGGGCGACAUUGUCCUCACCGGCACGCCGGCGGGCGUCGGGCCGGCGCUGCCGGGCGACGUCAUGAGGGCGGGCGUCAUGGUGGCCGGACGAGAGGUGGAGGAGGGCAGGAUGGAGGUGAGGGUGGAGGAGUCCCCGUCGUCGUACGUGUUUUCCGAGACGUAG